GAGCACAGGUGUCGCUCAUUGAGGUGGCAGGGCAGAGCUUUCUCAUGAUGACAACUGUUUUAUCCAAAUAUUCAAUGUCCCAAAGCGUAAAAGAGAAAGUUGACGAAGACAUUUUUGUAGGCUUGGGCAAUUGCCGAAGUAGUUCACUGGAAUAAUUCCUCGCGCCCGAUGCUGAACGCCAAACGCGAGUCUGUAUCACGUCAACUGCCGCUGAGGUCACAUUGCCUACUGUAAACGCGCUACCCCUUGUCUUUUCUCUGGCGGAAGGAAGCAUAUUGAAAGACCACCACAUUACCCAAAGUGAAAUUGCGCACAGAUAACGGGAAGACCGUAUACAUUACGACUGGAAACAGCGAUUGUGGGGUGACCGAAGGCGCAUACUGAACUAUGGAGAUGUAUACUUCGCGGAAAUUUGGCACCUUGCUGUCACUUGCAUUUCUCUUGUAUUUUCCAGGUGUGCUGGCCCAGAUCCAGAUGCCCCAGAGUAUCAUGAAGGUGAUCGAAGGUCAGAAGGUGGUGCUGCAGGCCUGGUACAGCACCAGCUACAGCAUCGGCAAGAACACCGUCCUCUGGAACUUUGUAGCCAAUAACUCUCAACUGAUAAUCUCCUACACCCUAGACUCAAUUAGUUUAGGCAGCCCGCAGUUUGAGGAGCGAGUCGGCUUCACAGCCACCAUGCCCUCGGCCAACCUCUCUCUGUACAUCAACAACACGAAGGAGUCAGACUCGGGACGCUACUUCUGCCAGGUCAUCAUCCCCGGGGCCCAGGGCUUGACCGGGGAACUUGUCCUCGACGUCAUUGUCCCUCCUGCUGUCCCAGAGUGCGCUCUGUCGGGGAAGCCAGUUCUGAAAGGCAACGUCACGCUGAGCUGCAAGUCCAAGUCAGGCAAGCCCAUCCCCAUGUACAAGUGGCAGAAGACCAGCCCCACGUCUGAAGUCUUCUUCUCUCCCAUGCUCAAUGAGAAGACAGGCACCCUGAAGCUGAGCAACCUGAGCAGCAACAUGUCGGGGAAGUACGUGUGUUUGGCCAGCAACACGGCCGGCACAGAGAGAUGCUACAUCAACCUGGAGGUCAUCACCUCGACCAACGCAGGGAUGAUUGCUGGGGCCACGGUGGGCUCGGUGCUGGGAUUAAUCUUCAUCAUCCUCUUCCUCGUUGGUCUCCUGAGGAGAAGGAGAGACUCUGGGGAGGACCUGGCCAAUGACAUCAAGGAGGACGCUCAGGCGCCCAAGCGCGUCUCGUGGGCCAAGAGCGGCGGCUCUGGCUCGGACGUGGUCUCCAAAAAUGGCACACUCUCCUCCAUCACCACCGCCAACAGGCCCCACCAGAGGGAGCCUUCUUCCCAGCUGUGUCCCCAGCGCCCUCCCUCUGACACCGCCUCCAACAUCACUGCCACAGGCAGCGUCUCUGGCUACCGCCUCGGGCCGUGCCAUGGAGCCUCCACACCCACACAUGGCCACGCCCUGCCAGGCUACAGCUACAACACUGAUACAACCCUGACCCGAGGACAACUGGCUAAUUCUGCAGCCCCCAGUGCCAAUGGUAGUCCCAGAACCCAGCACCCACAGACCUAUACCCAGCCCCAGACAGCACGUCUGGCCCCACGCUCGCCACCUCUGCCCACUGUCGUGACCGCAUCCAACAUUUCCCGCAUGGGAGGGGUUCCCAUCAUGGUGCCAGCUCAGAACCAGGCCGGCUCGCUGGUGUAGUGCCAGUCUGUCAUGGUACGGUGUCCUUUUACCCUUCAACUGUACUUACUCACAUAGAUUUUCAGAAGGAAAAGAUUCAGCUGCCACAAAGAGAUGGAGCGUUUGACCUGCUCAAAAUGCAGUGAGAUCAUUGGUAAGACCUUAAGAGAUGGACUGUGUUGCUAAACAAGGCUAAUUUAUUUAAUGAAGCAUACGGAAGUACAUUUUAUUAAAAUGUUUUUUAUACUCCGUAUGUAUACAAAAUAUGUACAGAUCUGGAUUUCAUACAUUUUGGAAGUUUUUCGUAUUUCUUCUAUUGCACAUUCAAGCAGUGUAUUUUUUACAAAGUUUUCCAGUGCAACUAUUUAAGUCAUCGGUCUUUCUUUGACAAGAUUGUAUUCACUCUAUCUAUCAUGUCCUAACAAGGCCAUUGCAUGAUGUCAAGUCCCCGUUUUGAAAGUGACAAGAUGUCAUGGCACACUGGCCUUAGAUCCCCUGAUUUUACUUCCUGCAGAUGGAUAUGACAAUGUAGAUUAUGAAGGACCAAAUUAGUUUGAAGACAGCAUAUUAUUAAUUUUAUUCUAUCUAUUUUAACUUUUCAAAUGAGUAUAUUAGUGUAAAAAUAUGGUGGACUACUGCUGAAUACCUGCCUAGCAUCAUGCAGUGAAGAAAAUGACUGGGCAUACUAGAUUGAACAUUUGUUACUACAUUUUCUAAAUGCAAAGUACACUUUUUGCCGUUUAAUGUAACUUGUUUUAAACUUCAUGACAAUUCUCUUUAAACACAGCUCUUAAAACGUAGGUCUUUUGCCACAGGAAUAGCUUUUCAUAUUAUAUAAAAUACAAUUUGACACAUUUUGUCAAUUACAUGGAAUUUAGCGACUAAGAUGGUGGUUAUAUGGUUACACCAUCGAGCUGUAAUGAUUUUGGAUUGCUCUCUGCAAGGAAAUUGUAAAUAAGGUUUGCUUUCAAUUGUAUUGAGGCUGUUCAUUAACACUUGUGACUGACUGGAUACAAAAGCAGAGUUUCUACUUGUCAACAUCCCAAGCCGACAACAAGUGAAUUGAUGGAUAUAGACCCAAAUGGCGUCAUAUCAAAUGAGUAAGAUGAGGCACUUGUUUGAAACGAGGCAUAAAAGACAAAAUGUAAAAUUGAUCCAUUUUUUACAUUCAGCAUAAAUCUGUCAAGGGAAAUAUGGUAUUCUUUCUAACAAAGACAUCUACAUACAGUAUCAGUCAAAGUUUCGACACCUACUCAUGCCAGGGUUCUUCUUUAUUUUACUAUGUUCUACAUUGUAGAAUAAUAGUGAAGACAUCAACACUAUGAAAUAACACAUAUGGAAUCAUGUAGUAAUCAAAAAAGUGUUAACUUCUUAUGGCUGCAAGGGGCAGUAUUGAGUAGCCUGAUAAAAUGUGUCCAUUUCAAAUGGCCUCGUACUCCAUUCUUGCUCGUACAAUAUGCAUAUUAUUAUUACUAUUGGAUAGAAAACACACUCUAGUUUCUAAAACCGUUUGAAUUAUUUCUCUGAGUGAAACAGAACUCAUUCUGCAGCACUUUUCCUGACCCGGAAGUUCAAUGUCUGAAAUCGAUGCUCUCUUCCUCUUCCUGCCUAUAAAUGGGCACAAGAGCUAUUAGUAUACAUGCACGUCAUACACCUUCCUCUGGGUGUCAAGAAGGCUGUGAGAGAAGAAAUUAGGUGAUUAUCUCGAUCUGGGAUGGAAUAAAUCCUCUUGGAAUGACGUGUACCCCAGUUCCGGUACUCUGAAGAACGCGAUUUGGACAGUGGGGUUGCCUUUUGUUUUGCUGACGUUAUAGGCGACUAUUAUUUCCAGCUUUGAUUUUAUUUGAUACAUGUCACCAUAUCAUCGUAAAGUAUGUUUUUUUCAAUAUAGUUUCAACAGAUUAUUGAAAUUUUUUCGGAAGUUUUGCCGUGUUCCGUUCUCUUCCGUUUGUUUACAUGGAGAGAUCCGUGCAACCCGGCUAGCGUGCUUGCUAAAUGGAGAGAGAAAGUUGCCAUUCUGAAUCCAAACAACGACUCAUCUGGACAAAGGACACCUUGUUCAACAUUCUGAUGAGAGAUCAGCAAACGUAAGACCCAAUUUAUGAUGUUAUUUCAUAUAUCUGUCGUAGUCGCCGGCGCCCAAGUGUUUCUGGCUAUUGUGCUAAGCUAAUAUAACGCAACAUUUUGUUUUCGCUGUAAAACACUUAAUAAAUCGUAAAUAUUGUCUGGCAUCACAAGAUGCCUGUCUUUCAUUUGCUGUACACUAUGUAUUUUUCAGAAAUGUUUUAUGAUGAGUAAUUAGGUAUUUGACGUUGGUGUCUGUAAAUAUUAUGGCUGCUUUUGGUGCAAUUUCUGAAUGUAGCUGCAAUGUAAACUAUGAUUUAUACCUGAAAUAUGCACAUUUUUCGGAAAAAAACAUAUGCUAUACAAUAAAUAUGUUAUCAGACUGUCAUCUGAUGAGGUUGUUUCUUGGUUAGUGGCUAUUUAUAUCUUUAUUUGGCCGAAUUUGUGAUAGCUACUGAUGGAGUCAAAAACUGAUGGAAUAAUAAAAGUGGAGUCUUUUGCUAACGUGGUUAGCUAAUAGAUUUACAUAUUUUGUCUUCCCUGUAAAACAUUUUAAAAAUCGGAGAUGUUGGGUGCAUUCAGGAGAUGUGUACCUUUCAUAUGCUGUAUUGGACUUGUUAAUGUGUGAAAGUUAAAUAUUGAAAAAAAAUAUCUUUUGAAUUUCGCGCCCUGCACUUGAAGUGGCUGUUGUCAUAAAUGUACCGACGUCGGGCUUGCACGCCAAACAGGUUAAACAAAUCAAAAUUUAUUUGAGAUUCUUCAAAGUAGCCACCCUUUGACAGCUUUGUAUACUCUUGGGAUUCUCUCAACCAGAUUCACGAGUUUUUCACCUGGAAUGCAUUUCAAUUAACAGGUUUUCCUUGUUAAAAGUUAAUUUGUGGAAUUUCUUUCCUUAAUGCGUUUGAGCCAAUCAGUUGUAUUGUUAAAAGGGGGAGGGGGGGGGGUAUACAGAAGAUAACCCUAUUUGGUAAAAUAGCAAGUCCAUAUUAUGGCACAAACAGCUCAAAUAAGCAAAGAGAAAUGACAGCCCAUCAUUACUUUAAGACAUGCAGUCACAAAAACCAUCAAACGCUAUGAUGAAACUGGCUCUUGUGAGGACCGCCACAGGAAAGGAAGACCCAGAGUUACCUCUGCUGUAGAGGAUAAGUUCAUUAGAGUUAACUGUACCUCAGAUUGCAGCCCAAAUAAAUGCUUCACAGAGUUCAAGUAACAGACACAUCUCAACAUCAACUGUUCAGAGGAGAAUGUGUGAAUCAGGCCUUCAUGGAAAAUUGCUGCAAAGAAACCACUACUAAGGGACACCAAUAAGAAGAAAAGACUUGCUUUGGCCAAGGAACACAAGCAAUGAACAUUAGACUGGUGGAAAUCUGUCCUUUGGUCUGAUGAGUCCAAAUGUGAGAUUUUUGGUUCCAACUGCCGUGUCUUUGUGAGACACAGAGUAGGUGAAGGGAUGUUCUCUGCAUGUGUGGUUCCCAACGUGAGGCAUGGAGGAGGAGGUGUGGGGGUGCUUUGCUGGUGAUACUGUGAUUUAUUUUGAAUUUAAGGCACACUUAAACAUCAUGGUUACCAUAGCAUUCUGCAGCGGUACACCAUCCCAUCUGGUUUGCGCUUAGUCCCACUAUCAUUUGUUUUUCAACAGGACAAUUACCCAAAACACACCUCCAGGUGGUGUAAGUUUUAUUUGACAAAGGAGAGUGAUGGAGUGCUGCAUCAGAUGACCUGUCCUCCACAAUCACCCAACCUCAACCUAAUUGAGAUGGUUAGAUGAGUUAGACCACAGAGUGAAGGAAAUGCAGCCAACAAGUGCUCAGCAUAUGUGGGAACUCCUUCAAGAGUGUUGGAAAAGCAUUCCUCAUGAAGCUGGUUGAGAUAAUGCCAAGAGUGUGCAAAGGGUGGCUAGUUGGAAGAAUCGAAAAUAUAAGAUGUGUCACGGCUCCUCCUCUGCAGUGCAGGGGGCGGUUCCUCCUGCAGGCAGAGGAGGGUCGUUAGUGAUUGGAGCCACCUGGGCUCAGGGUAUAAAGCUGUCACUAAUCACUCUUGCUCUCUCUCUCUCUGCUCCUCCAGGUAUGCUCAUGAUUUGUUUGUUCCUUUUUAGUUUUGCAUAGUUUUCACUCAGUCAUGUUCACACACACAUAUUCCUGCACCCAUGCACUUUACAUACACCUUACAUUAUGAUACAUCCACACCUCAUUCCUAUUUCUUAGUUUAAGUUAAUAGUUUGUUUAAUAAUAAAGAACACUCUUGAAUUGGCCUAUACCUGUUGUUCGUGUCCUCUCAUUUGUCACAGGCUAUGAGCCGGCUUGUGACAAGUGUGGACUCGUCCGGGAUAGUAGUUAACUUGGGUUAGUUUAGUUUGCCAAAUGUUUUUUUUGUUUGAGUGGAUGUUUUGGUUGGGCCAAUUUUGUUUAAGAGAGAGUUGAGAGCCAUGUGUUCUUUUGGUUCAGUUAGUUUGGUAGCUAAGCAAUUCACUCUGUGUUUUUCUGGGUUUUGUUCAGGUGGGAGUCCUCUCCUGUUCAGGCAUAUCAGCAAGUGUCCAUAGGAGGCUUGUGGUGUUUUUGUUUUAGGUGGCAGUGAACGUGGGUAGAGCAUCCCUUUCCCUUUUCCCCUACAUCGGCUCGGGAGCACCUCCGUGGUUAUGGGAGGGCUGCCAGUUUCUGGUUGUCUUUUCCACUCCACUGGUUUUGUGUGCAUAAAACCCCACCACAUGUGACUGCACGAAGACCAGGGCCAGUUAGUUAGUAGUUUUUGGAGGAUAGUGGGGUGUGGCUCCUGUCCUUGAACCCAGAUUGACAGCAGGUGAGUUGUGUUUUUUUUUUGAGCAUUUGUAAUAGUUGUAUUGGUUGAGGAAAAUGUCUUCCAUUUUGAGUAGUUUUGUUCAAGCUCCUUCAGAGGUAGCCUUAGAGUUGUGUACUAAGGAGCAGUUAAUUGAAAUUGCUGAACAUUAUCAGAUUGAGAUUGUUGAUAAAAAAAAUUAAAGAGACUGUUAAAACUAGCUUAAAACAGGGUCUUAGGGAAAUGGGUGUUUUUGGCGGUCAGUCUGCUAGUAGUGAGGGUGCAAGUUUUCAGGCUAGCCCUUCAUUAACUUUUGAGCAGCAGAGGGAACUGUUGCAAAUGCAAUUAGAGCAAAUGCAAUUAGAGAUAGAGCGAUUGAGAAAUUCUAAUAGACCGGAAAGACUACCACAGUUUGAUGUUUCACAGAA